UUGAUUUUAUUAACAUAAAUACAACCAUCCCAGUGUGCCUGAUUAAAGUUUUUCCAGCAAAUAUUGUAGUCAUUACAGAAGAAAGCACUGACAGGAUUUUACAGCCUAAAUGGCUCCAAAGAAGGACAAGAAGAAGGUUAAAAAAACCUCUAAAGACGGAGAAGAUGACAAAAAGGCAGUUCCUCUUGAACCAGUUGGAGAUUAUGGAAAUGAUCAGCAGCAACAUUUAAGAGUAUCAACUUCCACAAAAAAGAAAGAAACACUCUUGGAAGCUAACAAACCAAGUUUAUAUGACAUUGAUACAAGAAAUGUGAGUUUCAAGGAUAACUUAACAGAAUCACCAGUUGAACAAAUAGAAGUGACUGAUGGUAGUAAAAAAAAGUCAAUUGCAAGCAAGUCCAUAAGGUCUACCAGUAAACACCCAUCUUCUAAAAGUUCUCCUAGAACUGGGAGCCAAGUGUCACAUGAGAAAACUCCACUUUACAGAUCUUCCUCGGCACUGUCAUCUUCAGAAUCUGAGAUGUCUAUUGACGAGGACAUUGUAACAUUAGUGGUACCAGAGACAUCUCAAAAAAUUGUCCAUUGCCUGAUAGGCAAGGACCUGUUUGUUGAUAAAACAUGGUGUAUGGUGAAGAAAACAGACAUAUUAGAAGAUGUUGCUAUACAAGACGCCAACUCACCAUUUUUUAAUCUAAUACAAAAAAUAUUGGACUACAAACCAGUUGAACUCCUGAUUGGAUAUGAACCCUUCUCUUCUGUUCCGAAUCAGUUCAUGUUGUGUAUAACAGAGACUGGCCGAGAUGAUGUUCUAAAUAGAUUGGAAAAUCUUAAAUCUUCAUACAUUCGCCGAAUAGAGCAGAGCAAGGUGGUAGUACCUAAAAAAUGGGAAUCCCUGGGAAGUGAGGAGUUUGUUGAUCACUUUCAAAUCAAACACACCCGGAAACCGAUCAGCUUGGAGUGGAUAGGUGAUAUAACAAAACGAUGCUUUACUGUACCGAAAUUUGAAGACUGUGAUCCAGAUUCCAUGAAAAAUGGUUAUACUUGUCUAGUUCCAACAGAUAAGGAAAAGUUUGACCUUGUUUACAAGAAAACACAGGAGACUGGUGUGCAGGCAGUUGCCCAAAAAAUUGAAGCUAGUGCACAAACAGAGCCGGAAAUCCCCACGAAUGCAAGCACUCAGUAUGCACCGGAGACUGAGAUCUCAGUUCCUGACACUGAUGUAUCACAGACAGCUAUUAAGUCUCAAGAUUUGAAUGCUUUCUUCAACAAAUAUCUUGAUUACUUGUUGGAGUGUCUGAACUACAAUGAAGUCUACGACUUGUACCAUGAUGACUACCCUGCAUUGUACGUUGCUGGAGAAGAGACUCAAGUGCAGCAGCUCGGUACUUACCACCAAUAUCAGAGUUUCACAGAUGUGGCUGCCAUUGAGGGUAAACUCGUAGUCAGCAGCUCCUGGCAUCCUAACUAUACAGGAAUAGUAGCCGUGGCAUAUGCCAAUGAGAUCCCUUGUUUAAUGAAGGAGUUAGAAUUUGACAGUGACCAGACGGACUAUGAGGAGGAGAAGACAGAUGAGGAGGGAGAGGGAGGGGAGGAGCCAAACCUCGGUGCAGGAGCUAGAGACUGGCUGGCGGAUGAGCGUAAAGAGCGAGAUUCUACUGGAGAGAACACAGAGCUGUUUGACCGAGCUGUCAAGCGACUCAGGGACAUCGAGAAUGCUAAGACUGUCUGGGAUACCAAAAUUCUAGAAGGGGAAGAGGAAGUACGUAAACCUAUGGAUGAUUUAGAAAGUAUACGGUUGUCAGAGGUGUAUGAAUAUAGGGAGUACAAGGAGCCUGAAGCGGAGCCUGAAGGGGAGGAAGAGGUUGAAGAAGGAGUCACAACUGAAGUGUCAGAAGCUCAGGAAGAAGGAGAGGAAGGGGAGGAGCAGGAAGAAACUUUUGGUACUUUAGGCAAGGAAGAUACUGUUUCUCCGAAGACAAGUAAAGCAUCAUUCAGAGAACAACUUGAAGCAGACAUACAAGAACAACUCGUAGAAAUUGAAACCAGAAGUCAUCAGGCAGAGGGUGAAGAAUCUAUUACAUCACCAGUUCGGGACUCAGGCUCAGCUCAGCUGCGACGACCCCGUGACUACAGCAGAUCAGUAUCAGAAGGAAGAAGGACAAUUUCUGAUACGUCAUACAGAAGAUCACAUCAUCGCAAAAAGCAUAGAAAAAAUGUUCCUUGGGACGGAAAACGUUCUCGACAAACAGACCAGGAGAGUUUUACUACUUUACAAUCAUCAUCUGUGGCUUCAUCAUCGCUCUCUGAAUUCUUGAAACCUGAUAAAUAUACUCGUGAAGCUGAACUCUUUGAUGAAGUUACUGAUGAAGAAGAAAUCAAGGAAAAACAAGAUGAAUUACCCCUCCUUGAGCUAAAUAAUCCUGUUCUUGUCUGGAGUUUUUUGGAUGAUCUCACCCCUAAGCUGCGCUUGGACAGUCCGUAUGAAGUGAGGACAGUGGCAUUCAGUAAACACAAUGGUAACCUGAUAGCUGGAGGCACAUCCAGUGGCCAGAUUGUGUUGUGGGACAUUACUGGACGUAUUGAGGAAUUGGAGAAACCAGAGCCUUUGACACAGAACCAGCAAAAAUUCAGAAAAAGAAUGGAAGACUUAAUGAAUUGGAGGCGAGAUAUAAGAUCUAAAAGAAGGGUUCGUAUUAGUGCAAUCUCUAACCAGAUGGAGUCCCACCUUGAUAAAAUCACAGACCUAAAAUGGAUUGGACCUUCUGUUGUGGUAACAGACACAAUCGACAUAAUACCAAAUCCAUCAGCAGAGCCCAAUCUCCAAAUAGUUACAUCUAGUAUUUAUGGUGAUAUAAAACUGUGGGAUAUGAGAGCUGAACCGAUCAAGUCAGAGAGAAAAAAUAUCCAGCAGUUUAAAACAAAGGAUAGAUUUGGACGACCUGCAUCUUUGGAUUUUGGACUGUCUCCUUACAUUAAGCUUUAUAGAAGAUGGAAGCCCUUCGCAACAUUGAUGUCAAUCUACAAGAGCUUGCCGGUGCUUCUGACAGGAAUUUUUACCCACACAGUUCCCUUGAAGUAUGUCCGGGCGACUCCUAAAUUUUCUGGUGUUAAAGAAGUUCUAGAAGAUCGUAUAGAGUAUAAAGCCAUUUUUGGAGACAGUGGCCCACUUCCACUUCAGCUGUACAUAGGCAAUUUGUUUGGUGAGGCAGGCACACUAGUGUGGGAGCCUCCAGAAGUGAAACCUCCUGAGGGUGAAAACUUUGCCCAUACAUGCCACUUUUGGGAUUCUUACCAUGAUGGACCCAUCCAUAGAGUAUCAAAACAUCCAUUCAUUCCUUCUGUAUGUCUCACUGUGGGAGGCCAUGUAUUUGCUAUAUGGCACAGUGCAAAUAAUGAAGAACCAAUUCUGACCAAGAGGUAUUAUGGUGUUCAUGUCACUGAUGGCAUCUGGUCCUCUCUCCGACCAAGUUUGAUUCGUAUAGCACGGAGUGAUGGAGUGGUAGAAAUAUGGGAUAUCAUUAUACAAAACCAUGCCCCUGCUACUACAAUCAUAGUGUCUGGACGUGUUAUAACAAAUUUAUCUCCACCUUUACUGCCAGAAGUGAGGGGGUUGUUGGGAGUAGCAGACUACAACUCAGCUUUUCGCCUAUUUUUCAUCCCUCAACAGUUCAGAAUUUGGACUGAAAGUGAGCUUAAUCGCCUCAAGAAAUUUAUAAAUAUUGAACCAGAAAGAAAAAAGAAAAUGAAACAGUGGUCGAAGUGGUGGAGAGAAAAUAAUGUAAAUCCAGACAGAGAAGAAAAGAAGCAGGCUGAGAAAAAAAAGAAAUUAGAUGAAGAAGUGAGAUUAGAAAAAGAAAAACAGGAAGAAGCCAGGAAGAAAUAUAAUGAAGAAGUUUAUAAAUGGUAUAUGAGAAGACGUGGCAAACCUUUUUUGUGGAAAGAGGAAGCAGAGGAGAAGUGGCGAGAAAAACAAGAAGAACACAUGCACGAGAUGGUGAUGGCUAAGAAAAAGAUUGAUCGCAAUGAGAUGGAAAUUCUUAUGAGACCGAUUGUGCAUGAAGAAAGAAAUGAAGCACAAAAACAUGGGAAAGCUCAAGAGAGGCUUAAACAGGCUGACACAAUAUUUCGACAAACAGUAGACCUGAUCUUUCCAAAAUCAUCUAGAAAACUGUCGGUACCAGUGAAAGAAGAAGAAACUUUCAGUGAAGAAUUCAAUAAAAUAAUUGAUUAUUACUUUGGAGAGAAUUUUGAAGAGCUUGCAGAUGAACAAGAAUCACUCAUCCAAAGAAGUCCAUGGCAAUUUGAUUUUGAAUGGUCUGAGUUGUUAGAAAAGUACAAUACUUUAAGAAUGCUCUUUAAUGACAGACGGCGAAAAAGAAGUAAAACUUUGAGAUGGCUGAGAAAGAAACUUCGUGAAGAGCUUCUUAAAGAGGGAAGAAAAGUUCAUAUCAGAAAAAGUCAUACAGCAAGGUAUCAAAAAAGGAAAAUUAAAAGAAGACAAGAACAACUAGAAUGGUUAAAACAAACAUAUGGUGAUGAUUAUAAUGUGUAUUGGGACACACACCAUCCAUGUCGUAGAUUUGCGGAUCGUAAAUUCCGUUAUCCUUCAGAGGAGGUCGAUAGCCAUUUCUUGGGUGAACUUUCAGAGCCUGAUGUAGAGGAUGAAGAAAUACCUGAAUUAUUUACAGAAGGACGAGCAAAGAGUAGUUUGGAAAUGAUUACUGAAGCUGGAAUAGAAAAUAUUCCGGAAGAAACUUUUGCUGCUGACUUAGAUGCUACACUGAUAACUCUUGAAAGUAGAAAAUCGUUAGGUACAAAAAGUAUACCAUCUCUCCCAGAUGUAUCUUCAAAAGUAGACUUGUUGGAAUCUUCUGAAAUAAGAGAUAGUAUACGAACUGAUCAUUUUACAUUCGAUGAAACUCUAUCACCUGCAAUUGGAUACCUAAAAGUUCCUGCAGGUCCACAGUCUCCACAAGAUGAUUCUGAUGUGAGUAUGAUAAUUGAUGAGAUAGAUGAUACUUUUACUGUAGAUGAUAAUCAAAUGCAAGAAUUGGAUUAUAUCCAACAACCAAUUGGCACUAAAAUUGAAACACUUCAAACAAAGAAAGUUGCAUCCACUACCAAGAGGGAGUUUUCAGAAGGAAUCCGAAUUAAGGUGGAGGAUUCAAGUUCAGAGGAUGAAGAUGACGAUGAUGACUUUGAAAGUAGAAUGGGUGAGAGUUUCAAAAUGGAUGAAAGCAAACAAAUUGAAGACAUUGGUGAUGAAGAUGAGGAAGAAGUAGAACAAGAUGAAGAGGAAGAUGAAGAAGAAGGCCCUCACGAUGAAAAUGAAGAAAACUGACUUUUUUUGUAUUUCAAUAGGUUUAUUCUAUUUAUUGGAUAUUGAUAUCAGUACCUUUAAAGUAAAUAUAUUUAACUAAAAAUACAUUAUAUGAGUAUUUUAAA